UCUUUCUUAGAUGAGAUAUUGUCAUUUGGGGAAAUUGGACUGGUUAAUACACAUCUCCCUUCAAGCGCUAAAAUCGGAUUUAGGCAGAGGUUAAUACUUUGUAAACAUACCUAUUGUGGAAAUGGUGGUGCAAACACGAUACCUGGUGACAGCAAGCUUUUCUUCUUUCCAACAGGCAACGUAUUGAGCAAGUUCCUUAAAUUGAUCUUUGUGCUGAAAACCCUAAACCACGUUUCUGCGAUUAAUUGCUUAGCAGAGGCCUAAAUGAAGCUGAAACCAUUCGCUUAAUUUUAGCCCAGACGCAUGAAAAACUCAAUUAAGAGUUAGCUGCGUGGGCCACGCUUAGAAUUAACAACCAUUGAAUUUCUUGGUAACCCAACAGGACCCAGAAGAAAAAAAAAACUGGGUUUCCAUUGGUCAUUGUCAUAGGAUGAAAUCUCAACUUGGAAUGUAAAAGUAAAAAGCCAGAACCAAAAAAUUUCAAAUCAAACCAAAGUCAAAUUCAAUUACAGUUCACCUUACAAUUCUUUGUUCUUCCUUCUCGUUGUGCUGCUAAACUUGGAACAGAUUCCAUUACCACGGGCACACUACAUAUAAUUAUUGUCGUGGAGGAUGGUCCCCUAAGUUGAGUUGUAUAACUUAUAUCGAGCAAGUUAAUCAUUUUUUGUUAUUUUAAUGGCAUUUUUUCUCAUAAAAUGAAAUCCAGUAGCAGACAUUAAAAAAUAAGUUGAUCCCCCUAUCCUAUGCUUAUUUGGUACACCAAACCUUCAUUAACCUAUAUAUAGAACCGGUCACUCUCAUAUAAAAUACAGCAAGCAAAAGGCCAAUCUUCACUUUUCUUUAUCUUCCAUUCAUUGGUUCGUUACUUCUCUGUCUACGCUAUUAAUAUAGUAAUUUUGAGACAGUAAUCCAGUCCUCAUAGAUCGAACACUUUUUUUUUUAAGUUUCCAAUCAAAUUUUCUCGGUCACUUUCCUGCAUUUAUUCGAGAAAAAGAAAGAAGAAAGUAUGGAGAUGCUUGCAGAUGUGUUGGCUUUUUUUCUUCCUUGAGAGAGUGACUGGAAACGACACAGUUUGACAGCACUUUUCUUUUGAGGACUUCUUGUAGGGUGAAAAGCUAAGAUCUGUUUGGGAAGCUCUCAAGGGAUAAAUGUGUGUACUGUAAGCUCAAAAUAUUAUGCAAUUGUUGGCGCUGAAGGGUUUGAUGAAGUUGUUUAACCUUUUCCUUUAUGAGGAAUGUGAUUGUUUUUUGGAUUUUAUUAGUGAGUUCUGAUAAUUGAGGUUGGAUUGACAAUGUUGAGGAUUGGAAUGAGCUAAAGAGCUCAUAAAGUGAGUGAACUUUGGACUGUUUUGAGGGUUUCAAAAGAAAAAACUGAGAUCCCUUAAUAAUUAGUGUUGAUUUGAUAGAUUUCUUAACCUAUGUCUGGUGCUCCAAGAUUGAGGUCGAUGAAUGUGACCGAUUCUGAGGCAAGGCCUGUACUAGGACCUGCCGGAAACAAAGCUGGUUCGUUGAGUGCUAGAAAACCAGCUUCAAAGUCUUCGAAGAAGGUUGAAAAGUCUUCCGUUGAGGUGACUGUAGUAGGGGAGAAAAAAGCACUUCCAUCAUCAACUGUUAAUUCUCUUUCUCCAAAAACUCAUUCUCUGAGUGUUCCUUCAGUGCUACGCCGCCAUGAGCGCCUAUUACAUUCUAGUUUAUCGCUAAAUGCCUCAUGUUCAUCGGAUGCUUCCACAGAUUCAUUUCAAAGUCGAGCAUCAACUGGUAGGUUAAAUCGUUGCGAUAGUUUAGGAAGUAGGAGGAAGCCAUAUGCAUCAAAGCCGAAAAGUGUUGUUUCUGAUGACAGUUUGGAUUUGUCAUCUAAUAGUUCACAUCCUAAGAAGAGAUGCGCAUGGGUGACACCAAGUACAGAUCCAAGUUAUGCUGCUUUCCAUGAUGAAGAGUGGGGAGUUCCUGUACAUGAUGACAGGAAACUGUUUGAGCUGCUUGUACUAUCGGGUUCGUUAUCUGAACUUACAUGGUCUGCUAUCCUAAGCAAAAGGCACAUAUUUAGAGAAGUUUUUAUAGAUUUUGAUCCUGUUGCUGUAUCAAAAUUGAAUGAGAAGAAGUUAAUAGCACAUGGUAGCGUGGCAAGUUCUUUGUUAUCAGAACUAAAGCUGCGAGUUAUUGUCGAGAAUGCACGCCAAAUAUCUAAGGUUAUAGAUGAGUUUGGGUCGUUCGACCAGUAUAUUUGGAGUUUUGUGAACCACAAGCCUAUAGUUAGCAGAUUCAGAUACCCUCGUCAGGUUCCAGUUAAGACCCCAAAAGCAGAUGUCAUAAGCAAAGAUCUCGUAAGAAGAGGUUUCCGAAGCGUGGGGCCGACAGUCAUCUACUCUUUCAUGCAAGUGGCGGGAAUAACAAACGACCAUCUCACAAGUUGUUUCAGAUUCCAGGAGUGUAUAACUGCAGCAGAAGCAAAAGAAGAAAAUGUAACCAAAGAUCCGACUGAAAAGAAAGAAACUGUUAAUGUGAUCAACACAGAAUUGUCCGUAGCUAUCGAUGAAUUGAGUUUCUCCUCCGAAUGAUGCUGGGUGGUGGUAGAUGGCGUUCCAGGUUCGACCAUCAGUUUACCACAGUAAUUGAUUCAAUACACAUACUCUUGGGUAAUAACGUAAGUGCCUUUUGCAUAUAAAGGUUUGUUAAAUACUUGCUCAUAAUGACUUUGCCAGAUUAGAGAUUUCUGGAAAGUAAAUUAAAAGUUAACCGGUGAAAUGUGCUGUUGACGGGGGCCUGCCUGUUUGUCAUAAAAGUAUUAAAUUAUGAUGCACCAUUUUCUUUUUCUCUUUGUAUAUUUGAAAAAGUUUACUAAGUAAAGAUCAUCUUUUAUAUACCCGACACUGGCAUCGGUUUCUGCUGCCUAGAUUUGCCAUUGGAUCUGUGGCCACCAGUUUCUUUACCAUCAUAUUAUUAUGUGGGACUGGCUGAAGGUGUGGACUCAAACCUUGUAAGUUGCUGGACAGCUAAAGCUUACACUUGACAAAAGUCGGUUUGCUUUAAAUGGGCCGGGUUUUACAUUUGUGUCCUGAAAGGGGUCCCAUCUUUACUACGCAUGCUUGUUUGUUGUGUUGGACCCAAUAUUACAAUGCUGUAGGGUACCUCUGUUUCCUUUGGUUCUUGUUGAGAUAAUAAUGGCUUGAUGAUGGAUGCUUCUGUCUGAGAAAACUCUAGAAAACUUCCAAUGCUUUGCUGUACUUUGCAUUAGAUGAGAAGAGUAAAUAGUAGAUGGUCGACCGUUCAAAUAUAAA